AUCAUGUUCUGCCCUGAUUGUGGGAUUCAAGUGGAAAGUUCAUAUAAAUUCUGUCCUGAAUGUGGCUUCAAGUUAUCUGCCUUGACUCAAAAUAGGACCCAAGAUGUUGCCACACCAGCACAACAUUCAGUCACUGCUGAGGAGAGGAACCAAAAGGAAAAUCAAGACCAGGUUCCUAAAGACGUUAAAGAAGAGCAAGAAAAGAGUGCCCAGAUUAAGGGACAGCGGGGCGAAGAUGAAUCAGGGCCUGCCGGAGAUGGUCAAACAAGACUGGACUUGUCCGCUAACAAUGACAACCUAACCAUACCGGAACUCAAAACCACACCCUCAUCCACUGACCAGACACUCUCAGUCACUGCCAGGAAGCUACAGGUCACAGAGAGUUGCAAAGAAGAAGAGAGGCUAUCAGGUACAGCAUGUGCUCCCAACAGUAAUGCUCAGACAUGCAGAGAGACAGCCGCUGGAUCAAACCUGUCUGUUUCCAUGUCACCACCCUCUCCUACACAUGCCACUGAUAAACUCACAGAACAACAAACAGCGACACCAUCAGAUAUAAGUACAGAAAACAGCCCUGAUGCAGUGCAAAUUCCUGACAAUGAACCAAGUGACAAUCAUCCUAGGCCACUGUCUAAUUCUGCAUCAUCACUAGCAUCAACUCAAGAAACCGGCUCUACUGCAUCUGCAUCAACAAAGCAAACACCUCAAGAAUAUGAUCCAGUGGCAAAGCAGUCUGCCUCAGAACAGGAUAAAGAAAAUACAAUCUCUCAUGAGACACAGAAUCUCUCAGAGAGUCCAGAAGAUAAUGAAAACCCUGAACGGCGUACAUUCACUGAACAAAAUAAGAGGAAAGAAGGUCAAGGUCAGAGACAUCACGUAGAUGAGCCAAAUACCAAAAAAAACGAGCCUUCACUUGAUCCAUGUCCAGUUACACGAAAGACAGCCAAAAACAUGGAGGGGCAAUUAGUCAGUGAUGACUUGGGGCCAACUACGGAUCAUGUUUCACCACAGGACUCUACAGCCACUAUGGAAACCAGAAUUUCAUCUUCAUCCCUCCGCCAGACACUCUCAGAUGGCAAACUAGACAGCAACAGCCAACCAGAGCAACAAACAAAGACACCAUCAGAUGUUAACACAGGAAGCAGCCCUGAUGCUGUGACAGUUCUUGCUGAUAACCAAACUGGCUUUCAUUCCAGGCCAUUGUCUAAUUCUGCAUCUUCACAAAAAUCAAAAGCACCUGAAGGGCCUGAGCAAACACCUGAUGAGCAAACGUCUCCUGAAAUACUAGAUGAAAAUAAGACAACCUCUCAGACACAAAAUUUGUCUGAGAUGCCAGAGGAGUCUAGCAAUGAAAAUUGCACCAACACGGAAUUGCAACCAGUCACCCAACAAACCUACAGGAAAGAACACCAGAGUACUGGAGAUAAGUCUGCUGGCAACAAAUCAGAUGGGAAAACGAACGCACACCAGGCAAAGAGACAGCAAUCAGAUAACAGCAACGUAGAUGUCUCCAGGUCACAGAUGCCUGCAGAUCCUACCAGCCAGAGUGAUGCUGAAGGUGAUCUGCUAGUUUCAGCAGAUAUCCUGAAAAAAGCCAUUGAACCUCAGAAAACACACAUCUCAUCAGUCGGUGAACAAAUACCUGUGUACUUCCAUGCUGUCACUUCGAAAGACUUACAUCUGGAUCCAGAGAAGGAUUUGGUUAUUCUGAAAUCUGAAAAAUUGUUUGGAAACUGGGAUGAGGGCAGAACAAUGAACUUCUCUAAGUCUCUAGGGGACAAGAGCUAUCUUAUUGAGCAGCGACUUUUGAUCCACAAAAACAGCAUACAUGAGAGCAUUCCUUACAAAUAUGCUGUUUACAAACCCAGUGGAAAUUAUUAUAAGUGUAUGUAUGAGACAAUCUAUCAGAAAGACGGAAAUCAAUACAUCAACAGGUGCCUGUCAAUCAAACAGGAACAGUUAACACCCAAAGGAGAAUGGCACCAGUAUGAUGAUGUCAUCCAUCCUGAUCUGAAGAGCAGUUUCUGGUCUUUCUGGAAAUCUCCUGCAGGACCUAUAAUAAAAGGGAGAGACCAGGCUGGCUGGGAAAUGCUAAAGAUAAUCUUUGACCUUCUUACAACCUGGAAUGAACAAAAUGUCGACAACUUCUUUGUCCUGCUAAGACAGUUCAUGUGUGCAUACAGCCAUCCUGUUCUUCAUGAUGGCAUAGAAAGAUCAUGGGGAUUACCGUAUGGUCCAGAACAGGUUGAAGUCCUCCUUAAACGUUUUCUGGAGGAAAACAUCAUUGCCAAGCCCAAAAAGGGGAAAGAAAAAACAGAAAUCCUUUUACAACCUCUUCAUGCAGGAAUUAUUAGUUUGCUUGUUUACAACAAGUAUCUGAAAGCCCACAUUACAUAUCAACAAAUAUCCGAUCUAUGUGAUCUUCUCUGCCUGCCUAAGAUGUCGCCUAACCAGUUCCUCUCAUUCUGGAAAGAUUUUACGAGCUCUUUACCAGAUAAGAAACGAGUUGCAGAUGCUGUUGGAAUGCUUUGCAACAAUGCUCGUCAAUGCCAGAUUGAGAAGUGGGUCUUGGUCAUUCCUCUGAUUCACCUACUGAGAGUAGAAAGCAAGCCAUUUGAGUCAGUUCCACCUGUCUUGAAUCCAGAGUUUGACUCCUGGACUGGUUUGGGGCAGAGCAAGGGAACAAAUUACAACGGAGAUGCAAGGAGUCUGAUCGGAAUCAUGAAAGACCGUGCAUACCUGAUGGACAUUGAUCGUCUUCUUGUGCACUCUUGGAUGUCCCUGCUGAGUGUGGAUGAUCUAUUGAGCUUCAUAUCCUGUGUGUCAGUUGAGCUCCUUGACAAUCUUCAUUACAUGCAAUUCACUGUCAGAUCUGGCAUAAAUUACUCAAACUACAGCGCUUUGAAAGAAUUGGCAUCUCAUCUCAUCAAAAAAGAAAGCCAUCGCGAAAAAAGUUUUGAUGACAAAUAUGGAGAAUGCUGCCUGAAAACUGCAGUGCGGCUUCUUGGUUCAAUCUGCGAUCACACAACAGAUCCAGACCGCUGUGAUAUCCCUCUUAAGUUCCUUGAUCUUGUCUGUCUGAUUGCAAAGGCAUACGACUGCACUGAUUCCAAGUCAAGAGAGAGAAUUCAUGAAGAGUCAAUUGGGGAGACAUUAGAAACAAUGAGAAAAUGGCGAAGAACUACCUUCCAAAACAAACUGCUGAAUGAUUGGAGUCUUACACAAUUUUCUGUACCACGUGAAAUGAAGGUAUGGAACAAGUUACUCUCACUAUCCUUCAGUCAUGAGCAACAUACUUCUUUCUGGAGAACCACCUUCAUUGAGGAUUUUGAAGGAAAGUUAAAACAGGAAAAACCAGAGAAUCAAGUUGGAAUCUACUCCAACAAGAUGGAAGAGCUAAGCCAGACAAGUCCGCUGUUAUGCAGCCCAAUGGAGAAAUGUGCUUUGGAGGCGAUUGAAACUGUUUGUCAGGAUAAAUCUGGCAGAGCAGUUUCAGCUCUAUUGCAGACACAUGAUAUCACAAAGUUUGGGAAGCUGAUGUCUGUUGUUUUGGUGAAGUCAUGGCCCACAGAUGCCACAGGAGGUUGCAUUGAAGGAGAGGACUUGAUAUUUGAGCACCUCUUAAAUUGGCCCAUGGCCAAAACUGUCUUCCAAAUGACAGGUGCAAGAGGAAGUCUGAUUGACAAAUUGUCAGAUGAAGCUCAAAUCAGGAUGUCUUUGGCAAGUUCGGCAUUCAAAUCUGUGUCAGAAAAAUUCCUCACUGGAGAAAUCCAAAUGAAGACGUUAAACCAAAUCUUCCAGAGAGAACGAGAAUUUGUUGACUUGCUGAAGAUAGAUGGCCUCUGUGACGAUGGUCGUUGUAAAGAUGACAGAAGCAUGAGACGAUUACUCAGACAAAGAAAAGACGAAGCUGAAGCUGUCCACAAUGAGAAGGAGCUGGUCAAAAGUCUUCUACAAAUCUGCCAGGAGCUUCCGCAACAUGUCAAAGUUGACUUCAAGGGGUUGGACACAAAACUUCGCCAGAACAUUGAGACAAUGAAUCUGAAUGAAUUCAUGAAGGUUCUCACUCUUGAUGGACAGAUCCCUACUACAAUUGGGCAGGUUACUUAUUUCAACCUUUGUGAUAUCAGCCGACAAAUGGCUUCAGAACUACAGGCCAUUAAAGAUAGCUCAAUCUUCAAAAUGUGCUGGAUGAACCAAGUGGAAGAGCUGUCAAGAGAACAACCUGAUACAGAUGAUAUUGAUGAAGAAAUCUACACUCUCGACCUAGUGUACAGCCAAAUAUUUCAGAGCUGCUACAGCAGGUACAAAGAGCUCUAUGAAGGUCUGGUGAGUGGGGAAUUGUUACUGGAGGAAAUAGACAGCAUCUUUGAGGACUAUGAAGGAAAGUAUGAAGACCUGCGAAAAGAUUUAGACAUCAUGUGCAGAACAAAUCCAUCUGAUAAGAAAAAAUGGAUCAAUAAAAGAAUUAAACAGAUUCAACAGUACCAGGAUCUUCAUCUUGCAAUGGACUCUGCCAAAAUCAUCAUGGAUAUCAGGACCACAAUAUGUCCAGAAGGAGACUUCAAAGUGCUGGAGAAUUUGCUGCAUGUGAAUCAAGCUGACUUCAAGAAAAACAGCCUUAAUUGCAUUGAUGAUAACUUCAUAAAGGCCAAAGAGAUUCUGAAGGACAUUACAGAUAAUCACAGGGAAUGUCUUCAGGCGCUCAGUCGGACAUCAGAGUUUGUCCAUUGGGUUAAAAAAGCACUUACAGAUAUCAAUGAGCUGAAAGUUUUUGUUGACCUGGCAUCCAUCUCUGCUGGAGAAAAUGAUCUGGAUGUGGAUCGAGUGGCCUGUUUUCAUGAUGCUGUCCUUGGUUACUCAUCCAUGUUGUAUGGACUGAAGGAGGACUCUGAUUUUGAGGCCUUCAAGAAGUCAUUGUCCAAAUUGUGGAAAGCACUCGAAAAUGACAGAAAAAUACCAAAGAAGUUGCGGGAUACAGCACGGCAUCUGGACUGGUUAAAAACUGUUAAGGAAAGCCAUGGAUCUGUUGAAUUUUCAUCCCUGUCCCUGGCUAAAUCCAUCAAUGAGAGAGGGAUAUACAUCAUCAAGGCCCAGAACCAGAAAAGGCUAACUUUAGAGACUUCACUGAUGCUGCAAAUUCAGAACGGACAUGAAAACAACAUGACAUGCACCUACGAUGACCUGAAAGAGUUGCAGAACAAGCUCAUGCUAAUGUCUGGAAGAGGAGAACAUAAUGAGAGUGAGGUGGAAUACUUUACUGAGGUGUUUGACAAUGUCCAAAGGCUUGCAAAAGUAUUUGUGGACCUUUAUGCUGCAGGAAACCCACUCUUCAGAUUUUGGGAUGCUAAGAUUUAUUGCACAACUCAGACCGGCCCAUGUAUCAUUAUGGAAAUCAACUUUUGUCAGACACUUCAUCACAUCGAAGUAUGUGGAAGUCUGGUUGAACAACUUGCAGCUCUGUCCAAGAAGAUGGAGUUGUUUCUUGAUGACUGGCAGAACUUUGUGAACCAACAGAGAUGUGAUCUCUACUACCUUAACUACUUCACAGCAGAACAAAUAUUCUACCUGUGCAGUGUUGUGACUCCAACAAAUGUGAAUGCAGUGAUAGGGGACAAAGCUUUGAUGAUGCUGUCUUUCAUCAAACCGAACUGCACAUCAUUAGAUGUCUGGGGUGCAUGGGAAAGGUUUCAGAACCACUUUGAGCCUGGCAAAAGGACCAAUGAAGCUAGUCUGUUUCAAAGUCACUUUCUUCACCAGGAUGAUAUGGAUACAUCUUCAGCAGGUGUGAGUCAUGUUACAGCUGAAGAUCCAACAGAAAAUGCAGACCAUGCUGUUGGUUUGAAAGAACUGGAAGAGUUGUGGAAUGCCUACAUGAAGAAUGAGGGAAUAUUUUUCCAUGAUCUUUUGGACUUAAGAAGUUUAGGGGGUCUGUUAAAAGUGAUGACUGAUACAGAAAACCAAAAUGAAGAUACAUGGGAGGAACCAGUGCUCUCAGACACAAAAGACAUUUCACUCAGAAGAACACUCCCAAAAGGCCUUGUCUCAGACCAACCUAAUCUAAUAAUCUGCCCACACGAUGAGAUUCUGACUUCAAGUAUCUGCUUAUACAUGACCAAUGAUUAUGAGCCACUGCCGAGUUAUGAUGAGGUUCUCUUGUGUACUCCUGCAACAUCAUAUGAGCAGGUAGAGCUUUUCCUUAGGAGAUGUCUCACACCAGGUGACUUUGGCCAGAAGAUUUACACAAUGCUCCGAGCAGACCAACUAAGCUAUGAUGUUAGCUGUGCAAUGGAGAAGUGUUUUCAGGAACUGCGGUCUCAGUUUAUCCAUGAAUACAAGCUAGUGAUCUACUGCAGCUCUGAUAGGGAACACACUUACAUUCCUACUGCAUUCAGUCAGUUCAAGAGAGACUUUGUGCCAAACGAACCAUUGGAAAGGAUCCAGAGGUACUUGUCCCAACAUUACACUUUCCCCUCAGAUCACAAGAAUGCUGUGUUCAAAGGUGGUCAUACUGUUGGCAUUGUUGCUUCUAGACGUGCAGGAGUUGGCAAGUCACUGUUUGUCCAAAGAUUGUAUGAAAAACUGAAGGAAAAUGUUGAACAAGGAACUGCUUUCAAGAAGUGUAUCCGCCUAGCUGAACAUGAGAUCAAUGACCACAAGGUUCUCCAGUCUUUGUAUGACUCACCAAAACAGAAAGAUCUCAAGAUGUUUAACUUUGAUGUCACAUCCUCGGUACAAAAGGGCUUGAAUGAAUUCCUAUUCAAGCUUUUGUUUUUGCGUUACCUGAUGGAUUCAGAUGGAUGGAUGUGGCGCUGUAGCCACAAACACUUGUAUAUCAUUGAAUUACUGGAAUCCACAAAUGAUCAGCCCAGAUGUACCCCCACAUCUGGGCGAAAGGAAAACUUUCCAUUCUUGGAUGUUUUUCCUAAGGUGAAUUGCCGUCCACCAAAGGAGGUUAUGGCUUUGGAAAAGAGGAGAGAAGAAAUCACUGAAAUGGAGAGUGAUGACCCUCUCAUGGAUGAUAAAUGUUUCCAGAGUGAAGCUUAUCAAAGACCAUAUCAGUACCUCACACGUUUUCACAACAAUGAAAAUCUUGACAAAUUCAUUUACCAAGGCAUUGAAGGGUCUUAUGCAGAGUGUAUCCAGAUACUGCUGAUCUACUGUGGCAUACCAGAUCCUUCAUGGGCAGAGCUACGUAACUUUGCCUGGUUCCUUAAUCUUCAGUUGCAAGACAGUGAAAAUUCAGACUUCUGCAAAUUUGAAUUGGUGGGAGACACACUACGUGGGUUCAAGAACUUUGUAGUUGAGUUCAUGAUCUUGAUGUCCAAAGACUUUGCAACCCCAUCACUGUGCAUCACUGACCAGAGCCCAGGGAGGCAACAAAUAGACAUCAGUGGGCUUAAUGAAAGAGAUUUAGCUCCAUUCCGCAUCCGAAAAAGGUGGGAAUCUGAGCCACAUCCAUACAUCUUUUUCAAUGAUGACCAUAUGUCCAUGACUUUCAUUGGGUUUCACCUUCAGCCCAAUGACCAGAAUGGGGUUGAUGCCAUAAAUCCCUUGACAGGAAAAGUGAUAAAGAGAAACAUCAUGACUCAAGAGCUGUACGAUGGCUUAAAACUUCAGAGAGUCCCUUUUAAUAGGGACUUUGAUCAGCUUCCUCGAGCUGAUAAGAUUGAGCAUCUAUGCAGUGUGCUUGGCAUCAAAUGGCCAACCGAUCCUGAUGAAACAUAUGAACUGACAACUGAUAAUAUCCUCAAAAUGAUGGCAAUCCAUAUGAGGUUUAGGUGUGGUAUCCCAGUCAUUAUAAUGGGUGAAACAGGAUGUGGUAAGACACGGCUCAUCAAGUUCAUGUGUGAGUUGAGAAGAUGUGGAGCACCAGCAGAAAACAUGAAACUCGUCAAGGUUCAUGGAGGAACUACAUCAGAAAUGAUAUAUGAGAAAGUGAUGGAAGCAGAAAUUCUCGCAAGGGCCAAUAAAGAGAAUCAUGAGUUUGACUCGGUUCUUUUCUUUGAUGAAGCAAACACGACUGAAGCAAUAAGCAGCAUCAAGGAGAUCCUUUGUGAUAACUCUGUGCAGGGACAAGAACUUGGCUGUCAAACAGGACUGCAGAUUAUUGCUGCAUGCAACCCCUACAGGAAGCAUAUAGACAAGAUGAUUGAGAGGCUAGAGGCAUCUGGAUUGGGCUACCGGGUCAGGGCUGAAGAAACUGAAGACAGACUUGGAUCCAUCCCUCUCAGACAGCUUGUGUAUCGUGUUCAUGUAUUACCCCCUAGCAUGAUUCCUCUUGUUUGGGACUUUGGACAGCUCAAUGACUCAACAGAGCAAAUGUACAUUGAACAAAUAGUGCAAAGACAGGCCAAGAUCAACUUGAUUGAGAAUAGUUAUAUUCCAACUAUAACUAAAGUGUUAUCAUCAUCACAAAAGUUCAUGAGGGAAAGAAAAGAUGAAUGCAGCUUUGUCAGUCUUAGGGAUGUUGAACGCUGUAUGCACGUCUUUGUGUGGUUCCACAAAAAUCACUCCAUGUUUGCUGAGGAACUGACAACAUUCCUUCAGAGUGAAAAAAAACAGCCAUCAUUUUUACCUGCUAGGGACAGAGUAAUAUGGUCUCUCUUGAUGGCCAUUGGAGUGUGCUACCAGUCCUGCUUGGAGGACAAAAGGCCAUAUCAGAGAACUAUCAGCUUAUCGCUUCCUCGUGGAUACGAUACACAGAGAGUACAAAAGGAAAUCCAACUCAUGCAGGACCUCCUACUCAAAGGUGUGCCCAUGGGUAAGACAAUAGCCAGAAAUGAUGCUUUGAAAGAAAAUUUCUUCAUGAUGGUUAUCUGUGUCGAACUAAGAAUUCCCCUGUUUAUUGUUGGGAAACCAGGGAGCUCCAAAUCACUCUCAAAAACCCUAGUUGCAGAUGCAAUGCAGGGCCCUGCAUCACAUUCUGAACUCUACAAGAGGCUAAAGCAGAUACAUCUGGUGUCUUUUCAGUGCAGCCCUCAUUCAACUCCUGAAGGAAUCAUCAACACAUUCAAACAGUGUUCCCGCUUUCAGGAAAGUAAAAACUUGGAUGAAUACAUUUCCGUAGUUGUUCUUGAUGAGAUUGGAUUAGCGGAAGAUUCCCCUAAAAUGCCACUGAAAACACUACACCCAUUACUGGAAGAGGGCUGUGUCGAUGAUGAGCCGCAACCUCAUAAAAGGGUUGGGUUUAUUGGAAUUUCCAAUUGGGCACUGGACCCUGCCAAGAUGAAUCGUGGAAUAUUUGUGUCCCGUGGAGACCCAAACCAAAAAGAGCUCAUCAAAAGUGCCAAGGGAAUAUGUUCAUCUGAAGAAAAGGUUCUUGAAAAGAUCACACACCUCUUUGAGCCCUUUGCCAAAGCAUAUAUGGCAGUAUGUAAAGAAGGCAAAGGUUUUUUUGGUCUGCGGGAUUUCUACAGUCUGAUAAAGAUGGUAUUCUCAAUUACCAAAAUCUGUAACAAUAGUCCCACUGCAGAUCAAAUCACUGGAGCAGUCCUGAGAAACUUUAGCGGAAAGGAUGAUGUUGAUGUGAUGACCAUAUUCCACAGAGAACUCAGAGAUGACUUUGCACAUGCUAGCAUUUCCACCAUUGAUUUGGUUGAGCAAAGCAUCUCUCCUGUCCAGGUUCAGGAAGGUGCCAUUGAUUUAGCAAAACAAAGCGUCUCCCCAUUUUGCCAAGCACAAGAAAGUCGUUACUUACUAAUUCUCACAAAAAACUAUGCCGCUCUUCAGAUUCUCCAACAGAUCUUCUUCUCUCAACAAAUCCAUCCAGAGAUUAUCUUUGGGUCCAGUUUUCCAAAGGAUCAGGAGUACACACAGAUUUGUAGGAACAUCAAUCGUGUCAAAGUUUGCAUGGAGACGGGACAGACAGUUGUGCUUCUGAACCUUCAAAAUCUGUACGAAAGUCUGUAUGAUGCUCUCAACCAAUACUAUGUGACCUUGGGAGAUCAAAAGUAUGUUGACCUCGGAUUAGGAACGCAUCGUGUGAAAUGCAGAGUUCACAAAAACUUCAGGCUCAUUGUCAUUGAGGAGAAAGAGGUGGUCUAUGAGCAGUUUCCAAUCCCACUGAUUAACAGGUUGGAGAAACACUACCUUGACAUCAACACUGUUCUCAGAGAUGAGCAGAAGGGCAUUGCCAAACAGCUACAGAAAUGGGUAGAUGAUUUUGUCACCUCAAGCAGUCAGGACUCCACAAAAAAGCAAUAUGGUUCAAGUGAUGUCUUCAUCGGCUACCACUCAGACACAUGCUCUUCUGUGGUCCUGCAAGCAACAGACAAUCAAAGCGUUGAAACUGAAACUCAAACCAUUCUGAACAAAGCCAAAGGAAUUCUGCUCAACUGUGCAACUCCAGACUCUGUCGUUCGUCUGGACAAAUCCAGACUGCCAGAUGAAGAACGAGAGCAGUUAAUGAAAGAAUAUGUUAGAGAGGAGAUGCACAGUUCAUUGGGAGACUACAUAGCCCAUCACACACAGCAGGCAGAACAAUCCCACUUCUUCACAGAGGUCACAACAUUUUCCAGGCUACUGACUGCAGCAGACACUCAGCAACUGCAGAGGAUGAUAAAGCUUGAUGAUAUCAAGCUGCUGUCAUUGCACCAGUUUGACACAGAGUACUCUUUCCUCAAGAAAAUCAGGGAAUUUCUUGGCUCAGCAACUGCAGACAAAGUGCUCAUUAUCCAAACAGAUUAUGAUGGAGACUCCCACACAAGGAAUCUUCUUUCCUCAGCCAAGUACUCAUGCAUCAAUGAAAUAAACAAGUGGGAUACUACUGACAACACAAAGACAUUUGUGUACUUUGUCACCAAACUUCCUCGAAUUGAGGGCGGGACCUCCUACGUUGGCUUUCAAGGCGGUCCUUGGAGUUCUGUUCACAUUGACGAUCUCAGAAGAUCAAAAGAAUUUGUGUCUGAUGUCCAUUACUUGAAAAAUCUACGCAUAAGUGAUCUUUUUGAAGAUCCACCUGAGGGUAAUUCUUCAACAUGUUCAGACCACAUAGGAGAUUCACUUGUGGGACAUUUUUCCAUAAUUGAAUUAUGAUUUUUUUUUUUUCAGGUUUUGGGAGACCUGCUCAGGAGUUGUGUUCAGAGUGCAGUGGGCAUGCUCAGGGAUGCAACAGACAGUGGAGAACUCAGUACUAAGAGAGUUGAAAACCUGCUCACACUUCUGGAUGAAAGUGUGUUUGUGAACAUUGUGAGGAAGCGUCUCCACUCACUGCUUGAGGAGUAUGAGGCCAAAAUCCCCAAUCCAAAGAACUGGGUUUUAAGGGAGGCAUCUAAUGUCAAUGCUCUUCAAGAAGGGGGAACAUUCAUGCACACAUUGUGGAGGAAAAUCCAAGCAGUUGUCACUCCACUUCUAGCCAACUUGGUCUCAGUCAUUGACCGAGAUUGCAAUUUGGACCUUCUGCUGGAUAGUGGGGAAGACCUCAGAAACCUAUGGCUUGAGAUAUUUGCUAGCAAAGAGAUGCUCAAUGUACCUUAUGUGAGAGUGGAAAACUCCACAGUCUUGAUGGUACAAAGUCAUAUCACAGGUGGAAGCACCAUGCGCUGCGUCAUGCCAUUCAGCUGGUGGAUCAAAGACUUCUUGGAUGGACUCAUGAUGCAAACAUCCAGACAUGAAAGUAACUAUCAUACUCUGUUCUUUAACACUCCACUCGGCAGUUACAUGGCAGAAAAAGUGAAUGAAAAAAUGAAGAAAGAAUUUUUCGAAAGGUACCUGCAGGAUUUUGUCUGCAUGACAAUGAAAGUGGCAUCCGAUGAAGAAUUACAGCUUUUGAGACAGGCCCUGGCCAGCUGUGUUGAUGAGGUACGGAGACGAAAAAGAGAUGAAGAUGAGCUCUCUCUUCCUCACAUCCACAUCGCCUACCAUCUCUACCAAAGUCGUCUCCAGAACCUCUCGCGGAUGAUUUCUCUUCAGCCUGAAAUAGUUUCUCCUUUGCGAAGAAAAAUAAAACACUGUCCAGAGAUGGUUUUGGAUGUCUACGCAGCAAUGGCAUGUGUUGAAAGCCUAGAAUGUCCUGCUUUAGAUACGGAUGCUCUCUGCCAGCAGUGGCUGAAGAAGGUGAAGAGACUGCAAGCCUCUUUGGGGUGGAUUUGCGCCCAACAAUUGCAGUUACGAUACAAAGAACUCCAAAAUGUUCGUAAUGGCUGGAGGCGAAUUUACAUCCUCUCAUUGUUUGUGGAACACAUGCUGCUGGGUUUCCAUAAUGAAGAGAGGCAACUCAGAGCACUGGUCCUGAAUCACUUCAAAACCUUGAGCAAGGUUCUGAUGGGAAAUUCAGAUGUAAAAUCAAUUAAGGCUUUUAAAGCUGUGAUUGAUGUAUUGAAGUCCAGCAAGCAGGAGGCAAGUGAUCAGAUUUUCAGGUUUGGACCUUACUGUGGGGUGUGCUUGAGAGAGCCUCAGGAUCCUGUGGAGCUGCCAUGCCAUCACAUCUACUGCUUAACAUGCAUCAGGGAAAGCCUUGAUGCAGGACAAACCUCAUGUCCCUUUUGCAGGCAAGAAUUACCAAACGACUUUCAGCCACACGAGUCUGAAGAUAUCAGGGCCCUUAUCAAGAGAAACGCAGAAUUCAGGCAACAUUGCGAUGGUUUCUUCAUUGAUCUUCUCUCCAGUGUGUGCUUCAAAGACAACAGUCCACCAACUAGCGGUGUCAUCACCAACCUGUUGUCCUACCUGAUGGUUGAGACAGAACAUGAACAGAUUCACACCAAAGAUCUGUCACCUUUUGACGAGUCUCCAGAUAAAAACCCAGUCGUGCGAUCUGUGAUCCUCAAGCUGUUGCUGAAGUUCAGCUUUAAUGAAGUCAAGGAAUAUUUGCAGCAGCAUUUGUCAUCUGUUGAAGACAGCAAAUUCGUGGAUGAGGAGGACAAAGCAGAGCUUUACGCCUUGUACAUCAACUGCUUAGAGGACUCCAUGUGGGAGAAACUGCCCCAGGAAGUGUUGAGGCCACUUUACAAUGAUGAAACACAGUUCCUACACUUCUUUUUGGCUGAAGUCGCUUCUGUUCCAGCAACAGUUUCGAUUGAACAUCUGCAGCACAUUGCACGAUUACGUCUUUCCCUCACCAUGGCUGCCCAGCUCAUCAAUGAUAGUCUGUCUGAAAACGACGUCCCAGACGGAGCAGAAGAUUUCAUGAACAUGGUGAUGAAGCUCUGUGAAGAGAGUGGGAAUGACUGGUACCGCGUUUACCUGAUCCGCAAGCUAAGUGAAUGUCAGGGUGUCGAGCUCGUCCAGACGCUGGUGAAACAGGAAAAGUUCGGCUGGCUUUUCCCUGCAGAGGUCCAUCAACAGAAUGAAGAUGGAGGCCAGAUGGACCAGUAUCUUGUGUAUGGAGAUGAAUACAAGGCGGUGAGGGAUGCUGUUGCCAAAGCAGUAGUGGAUGGAAAUGUUGAACAAAUAGAAGAAGUCUGUGAGAAAUGCACUGCACCACCAAGGAAUCGGACAAUGUUCAUCCUCCUGGCACUUUUCCGCGAGGUUACAACUCUGUACAGAUCCGAAAAUACAGGUCUUCAUCCCACCCCUGAGCGAUGCCAAUCAUUUAGAGACCUCAUCCAGGGCUCAACGUAUCUGCAUCACAGAAAAGUGAGAGACUUUGCCUCAGCCUUGGUUCACAACAGGUUGGGAGGCCUGGCCAUCCACCCUGAUUGUACUAUUGUACAAAAUGCUGUCAUAGAGCUGACUGUCCACCUGGCAGCUGUGCUGCUCACUGAGACUUACCCCCUGCUGACGCCACUCCAGCAACUUGGUCUGUCACCUGAAAAUAUGCAGAGGGCUUUUUUACCCACAAUGCCUGAUGACAUGUUAGCUAUUGCUCAAGCAGUCAUACAACAAGACUAUGGGCAGCUCACUUGGUAUGUGUGUCCAAAUAAUCACCCAUGCUUUGUUGAUGAGUGUGGCCUGCCCAUGCAGAAAGGCAGAUGUCUGGAGUGUGGCCAUGAGGUCGGAGGGGAGCAUCAUGCACCCGUGCCUAACUUCAGACCAAUUCAGCUGCACCAUGAUCGCACAAGGCCUGGACACAUCCUGGGAGACCCUGAGCGAAGAGACAACCCAGACACCCUGGACACCAAAAACAUGUCUUUGACUCCCUUCACUCUGGUCAGGCUGGUUACACAUCUGGCCAUGCUGCUGGGGGCCUCAGAGAAAUCACAGGUUGUGCAACAGAUCAUCCAGCCACCUGUAGAGGACGUUUGUUCUUUUCUCACCCUACACAUAAUAAAGGAUCUGGAUCAGCUGUCCCAGGCGCUGGGUAGAGGAGCCGACGACACUGUUACAACCGUCAACUUGGUGCUCAGAUCACUGCUGAAGCCAGUACAGACCAAUCACUGGACUUUUAUAGCUGAUCCUCACCUGACAACAAAAGCAUCCAGAAACACCUGGGAGACGACUGUGGCUGCAGAAAUUAUGACGCCCCAGUUGAAGGAUCUUGACCAGUUCCUGCAAGAAGCACAGGGCAGCAUCAGGGCUGACUCCCGUGUUUCUUCCAACUUCAUCAUGAGGACGACUUUCAGUGAUGAUUGUACCUUCCUGACGUCGCUGCCGCAGGGCUCUCAGGUCCACAGCUCAGCAGUGUGGAGCUGCAGAGAGAGGCUCUCAUUGCUCAGCCUCACACACAUUGUGGAGCAUAGUGACCAAAAGGAGGAGAUGCCUUUGCUCUGGAAGUUCCUGCAGAAGGAAAGAGAAUUUCGCCAGAUCAAGUUCCUUCCAGAUAUCCUAAUCCUGCAGAAACGUUUGGUGAGAAAGUUCCAAAAUGCAUCUGACCAGAUAGUGGGCUCCAUCGGAGAAUUCAUUGAGAAGCAAAAAGAAAUGGGGUCAUUGUUUGAGAAACAAAUCGCCAUCUUCCUGAAAACAUGGAAUCUGCUCAGAGUCUCUGUAACCAGCUAUGAGAUGAAGAUCCCAGAUGAAUUUUGCAGUGAGGAUUUGGACCUGAACAGCGACCUGCAGUACCUCUUGCCCCGGCGGCAGGGUCCAGGCCUGUGUGCCACAGGGUUGGUCAGCUACUUGGUGGCGCUCCACAAUGAGCUGGUCAACGCUGUGGACAGCCACACUGGAGAAAACAUCAGCUACAAGGUGAGUUUGGCGGAGCUAACUGAGCAGCAUGUGAUCAGCUACGAGGUGGAGAAGGACCUGCUUCCUCUGGUUUUAUCAAACUGCCAGUACAGCUUAGAGCGUGGCCAUGAGACGAUAUCACAGUACGACCUGCCCAGGAUCCAGCAGCAGAUCCUCACCCGCUUCCUGCAGGGAAAACCCCUCAUUAACCGCACAGGAAUUCCAACUCUGGUCAACAUACAAGAGAGAGACUAUGAAACAAUGUUCGAAGCUGUUAAAGGAAAAGUUCCUCAGGAGGCUCUGUCCUCUCUGAUCCGAACUGGACUGACCAGAGAGCUGGACUCCUACAGCGAGGUGUGUGAGGCGCUCAAGAUCGUGGAGCUGCUCCUGGGAUUCCUCACCAUGACUGGUGGUGAUCCCAGAGGUCCUCUGGUCGCAUACCUCCGGGACAUGCUGAGGAUGGCCGACAACAUCGAUCAGCACAUCUUGCAGGCUCUGGGCAGAUGCACUCUCAGACACUGUAUUUCUCUGUGGCAACUCCUCUCCUCCCUGAAGUCUGAAAACCUGUUGCGUCUCAAGAGGGAGCCAUUUUCUGGGUAUCCAGCGGAGUACCAGGUGCCGCUGACAGAGGAGGACAAGAACCAGCUGAAAGGCUUUGUGUCCAGAGGAAACGUGGACCAAUGGCUGCUAGAGAUGCAUGAGUUCAUCUUGUUAAAUCUUGGCCGCCCGCGGUCCAUUGACAUCUACAAACCAUCCUGGAGUGUGAAAGGAACUGUGGGUGGUUACAUGGACUGUAAAGAAGUAGAGGUCCCUGCUUACGUGGAAGACAAGUUCCCUGAAAAUCUGUUGCUCUCACAGAUUGUGGAAACCUGGAAAUUCGCCGUCAUUGCCAAACAGGACUGGAUGACUAAUGGAUGAAUCUGAGUUCAGCAGAAUUAUUUCUGAAUCAUUCAUUUUUGAAACCAAACUUUAGUUUUACUUAUUUUUUCUUGAUUUUUGUUUUUAUUCAUUUUUCUGUGAUGAUAGUGUGAAGUUUCCUAAAAAGCACAAUCGAGCCUAUGAUGAUGCACACUGCCUUUAAUAUUACAGUUUGUUUACCAGCUGAUUAUUUACUGCCUGGCAUCAGAAUAAUGGAAUUUGUUUUUAAAUAAUUACUGGAAGAGUCUCAUAAAUAGAAAAACCUCAGGAUUUUUGAGAAAAUGAUGAAUGACUAUGAAAAUGAUGUAUGAUUUUGAACAGCAUAAGUGUGUUUGAUUUUAUGUUUCAGGAUUGUUUUUACAUUUUUCAGGAUAAAGUACAUUUUCCUAUUUACCACAGAAAUCUGUGAAGAAAAAAUAUGAUACUUAUACUAUGAUACUGAUACUAUUUUGCAUGUUUGUUUUUUUCUUACACAUUGAGGUAAUGUACUCUUAAAGGAAAACUCAAUGAAUAAAAGUAUUAAUCAGGUAGUUGAUGGGAAAACUCAAUGAAUAAAAGUAUUAAUCAGGUAGUUGAUGGGUUUGUGUUGAAAUGUUUAUAUUAUUGUGAAGUUCAAAGUUGAAUCAAAGCCAUUGCACUAUGAGAUGUCAAUCAAUCAAGUAAAAACCUCAAUAGAAACUGCUCGUUCAGUCUGUCAGCCAUGUUUGGGGUCAAAGGUAGCACCCAUGGGUGUCUGCGGGGAUGGAUGAAUGUUGAAUGUCUUCUUCGUUAACUCUUAAUAUUUAAUCAGUGAUUUUUUAAUGGCACCAAGACACACAUUAGAAAGUGAUAUUAGCUGUAAAAUGUCUUGAAUUUGUAUUUUAAUAAAGAUGUGGGU